CUUUGAUUCUUUAUCUUCUUGCUCCCCCCUUCUUACCUCUUUCCCUUUUCUCCUUUCUUAUCCCCUUUCCUUUCCUUCCCUUUCCUUCCCCUUUCCUUCCCCUUUCCCUCCCGCCCCCGCCAAAUGAGCUUGCUCGACCAUUUCUCGCUCGAUCACCGCUCUCUCCUCCCUGUCGCUAUCGCGGCUACCUCGGCCACUUGGGCUCUCUCCCAUACCUCGUCUUCAGUCUCAGCUUCAACCCCAUUUUACUCUCUCAACACCACUCCUCUUAUCUUGGCUAUCGCACUCUGUUCACUCGCUUUCGCCUAUAUUUAUCGCUGUCACCUCUUUCACAUUCCCACUAGUUCCCUACCUCCAAUAAGACUGAGUUACAAAGAUACGCUUAACAGCACCAACAGCAGCAGCAAUAACAGCAACAGCGGCAGCAGUAGUAGUAGUUGCAAUAGUGCCAGCAGCAGCGACUGCCACAAUCUUACACCGAUUACAGCCCUUCCGCAGUUCAUCUCGCUUGGAGGAUUAGGAAAAGUGAUAUCAGGAUCACUAUCAUCGCCUGUGAAACCAUUACCAGGAGCAGUAACUGAUGGAUCGUUUUUGACUGCCAAUCCAUCUCAAGAACCGUCUGUGUCCUCUUCUCCUACAUCUUCUCUAGAACAUAAUGAGUCUCAACAGCAUAGGAACCAGCAGGUUGACGCAUUAGGGAUGCAACCAAGGAUAGAUUCAUCCUUGAAGAAUAACGACAAUGACAACAGUUGGAAGCAACAAAGUAUUUCUGCUGCCCAAAAUGUUCAAUUGGGCUCUUUUGAGGCCAUCCCAAAGGAAACACUCGAGACGAUCAGGACCCUUCCGGACUAUCGGAUAUGGGACCAUAUUAUCGUCGGAGACGGAUACGAUACAUUCCAGCAUGCAUACCAGUUUGCGCUCCAUUACCCCACGAGAACAGUCUUGGUCCUUCUUUCAGAUAACAUCCGACCUACUUUCAGGACAAGGAUCAUGCAAUGGAUGCAUAAAAUUUUGACUGCGCAGAUGCAACAACUAUGGUCUCGAGAAGCUUUAAAGGCAGUUCCCGCAUCGCUACGUGGCCUGAGUACAUCUUCCUCGCUUCCUGUUGGUUCCACUCUUCCACGCAGGCCCAUUGACUUCACGUUGGACAAGGCGCGUCCUCUAGAUCUUUCAUUACUUCCCCCUAAUCUUUGCAUCGGAUCUAAAAUAUGUGCAGCCAAGCUCUUGAUUGAUAAACCAUUCAAUACUCAGAGUAUCGCUGCUUCAGUAACAAAUUCGUGUACGAACACUCCACCGUCAGCACCACCACGACCUGGACCUUUCAAGCGAUUCAGCAGUACUGCAGGAAGCAACCUGACCAUUAAUACCAUGCCAUUGAUGCCGCCACGGAUCGUCGGCCUAGAAGUUGUCGCCAGUGGGGGACCACAAGAUAAACGAUGCAGAGUGCUUUGUAAUGAUAGUGUUGUGUUUGCUAGUGAUAAGCAUCCCUUGCUUAGUUCAGCAAAUGCCAUGAUAUUUACCAUAAACACUACACCUCCCACAUCUCGAGAUACAGGAGUUACAGGACACAGUGCAUUACUCCUAGAUACAGAAAGUCGCUUGCAAUGGCCUAGCAUGAUAUUUUCAAUCACUAUGCAGCAUCGCCGACAACAACAGGACCCAAAAUUAAUAUUGAUUCAUUCCUCCUCGUCCAGUAUCCAAUAUCGGAUCCUAAAGGCCGCAUUAUGUUUUUUAGAACGAAUUUCAGGAGUUAGGGCAGCAUAUUCGACACAACAUUCAUUUCCGGAAAAAGGCGUUAAUCUUCAGCCGGUUCUAUUGCACUGCUCCGAUAGAGUAAUCCAGAAUGGGAGAGUCAAUAUCAGAGAACAGGGAGAUGUCAACAGCGAUGAAGUGCUCAGACUGCAAAUUUCGGCAUCGACUAUCUCUCUUGAGCCAUCUGCACCCAUUCAAAUUGAAGUCAAAGUUGUAACCCAACCAAUGCAACAGGACGCAUUUGGAAACACAGAGAUGAUUCGGAAGGGUGAAUCUGUUUUGAUGGAAGGACUUGGUUUGGCUCGACAGAUGGCAAAGACAGCUGGCUGGACUUGUUUAGCAGAGGAUGACAGUCAAAUGGUGGAAUGGGUACGAGAUCAAAUGGAUAUUCAGUGGUCUACGGAGACAGCAUCUUCCUUCUCCUCAUCUAACGCAUUUAUACUUCGACCGCUCUCCAUUUCUCUGAAUGGACUUAAUACAUUUGUGCGAUCACGGACAGCCUCCAGUGCCAGUAGCACUAGAACCAGACCUUCUAGUCUCUCGCCUUAUGCAUCGCGAACGCAGUCGUACAAAAUUAAGCGUCGCGAAGAGCUUGGGCCUGGCAUGGGUGACAAACGCGACUCGACCUUGGAGCGUUUGCAGAAAGUUUCAGCCAACCUGCAGACAACAACGCAGGGAAAGGAAAAGUUAGAUGAAACCCAUUUGAAAGCACCCAAGGCGACCAUUGCAGCAACUAAAGGUUCGCUAUCAACUUCUUCAUCUCCACCCCAGAGACCUGGACUCAAGACAUCCUUUGGAGGGUUCUCAUCACUCAAUGAUACACGCAUGCAAACAUUGGCCCUUGCGGAACAAACAGAGGAUCAUCUAGGCAUGGCACUCUCGAGUGGUGCUACUAAUAGUCCCAAAAAACGCUCCUCCGCGGAUCAAAACAGCGACAGUGGCAAUGGACCUUUUAGCGAAAGUGUGGCCCCCUUGGAUCUACUGGGAGCUGAGAACCAAAAACCUGUAUCACCUACGCCACACAAGUGGUCUCGGUUCAGCAUCAAGAGCUACCAGCUGGAAAGGAGCAAUUAUGGGCUGAGUAAUGAAUGGGCGAUCGGAAGCGAGGGUCUAGAUAUGAGUUUGAGCAGUGUUCCUUCAGUUAGCACGGCUGUAGGCGCGAUUUUGAGCUCCUCACCCACAUCGACAUUAAUAUCGGCAUCCAGCUCUGGUGAGUUGAUUUCAAGUCUACCUUUGUCUUCAGAGGGUGGGUUUUUAGGAACUGUUUCACCCCAAACUCCAACGCCAGACAAUCUCCCGAUGACAGAUCUCCUCAAAAACAUGGAUGUAUCAUCACCACCAUCAAUAUCACCUUCACCUAGUCGCCCAAAACUAUUUGACCGCAACACCAACUAUAAUAAACAAUCCGGUAGCGCUGAUGAUAAAGGGAUUGAUGAUCAAUUGUCAUCUGGCAAGCUUGGCAGCAGCAGUCUGAUUGAUAGCAAUAGCCGCAAGGGUGGAACUUUCACGAGUCGUUGUGGGGGUGGAGGCGUUACCAGCUUUGGUAAAGGUGGGAGUCAUCACCCUUCACCUUUGACGACACCUGUAGAGCUAGUUCAUGAUUUCUUGGGUGAGAGUUUCACAUCAUCUACAUCCAUCUCCAAGCCAGCUCUGUUCUCACGCCCACUUUCUAGGAAUGAUCUGGCACUUACAAUGGAGCGAGUCCAAUCCGCCCCCACGGUCCCUAAAUCGUCAUCGUCACUAUCGUCGUCGUCCACUACAAAGACUGUGAAUUUUGCAGACAUUGAGCAACAAGAACAACAAAAGGAUGAUAGGCUGUUGAGGGCACAUUCUGACCCCAUCGUCAGAACUACGACUCUAUGUUUAGACGACUCGCUAUCAUUAGAAUCUGAUAAAACUCAUUCUCCAUUGUAUUCAAUGCAGUCUUCCUUCUCGAAAUCCAAAGCGCAUACGCGGCGGUCAUGGGGACAAGGCAUCGGGGGGUAUGAUAUCCAGGGACUUCAAGGACUAUCCUGAACCCAAAAAAACAUAUCCCUUUUCUUUUGCAAAAUAAAUACG